UUCUUCCAGAAAUUCCAAUCAACUUGUCCCAGUCGAGCCACCGCCAUGGUGAAAAUGACUCCGGAUAUAAUCAAGAUAAUCGUGGACACACACAAUGAUUAUCGGAAUAAGUUUGCCGGCGGACUUCAUUCUUAUCCCAGAGCAGCCAGAAUGGCCACGCUUCGAUGGGACCCGGAAUUGGCCAAAGUCGCCGAUGCUUUGGUGCGCCAAUGUAGGACAUACGAUGAUGAUGAUUGUGUCAAAACACCGAAAUAUGAAUAUGCGGAUGCCAGCUACCAUAUGCAAAAGUACUACUGUAUGUCCACAAAGAAAAAUGUGCUGCGGAAACAACUCGCUGACUGGAUAGAUCCAACGAAUCAAGAAAAUGUGGUGAUGCUAUACCUCAACUCGGACAAAAAGGAUAUUGAGUACUCACAGCACUUUUUCCAGGUGCUGAGGGAUCGGGCAAACCGGUUGGGCUGUGCCAUUAUCGAAUUUAUCCGACCCUCGUUGGUCCACCAACUGCUCAAGUGCGUUUACAACUGUGGCGUCACCAUCGCCACGGAUGAGUUCAAUCCUGUCUACGAGGUCACAGGGGGAAAUGCAGCUUCCAACUGCACGAAGGGUGCAAAUAAAGUCUACCAGUACCUCUGCCACAAGAACGAACCCGUCAAGAACUGUGAUGGCGGAGACUUAUUUGCCCCAACCGAUGAAGAAAAGAUGAGGAACCCAAUUCAACUGAGUUCCCACUCCCGAAAUAUGAGCAGGAUUCAGAGUUGCCACCAAUACCAGACUACGAAUACCACUAUAAUGACGAAGGGGAAAAUUAAAUGUACUAAAAUAUCAAUGCAUUUCAAAGAAGUGUUGGUAAAUAUUACAGAAAAUUGUAAACAGUUUCUAAAUGGGUAAAAUAUAAGCUUGGGAUUGGUUACGGACUCUAGAAUUGCCGUUAAAUGAACCAUUUAAUAUGCAUUUAAGCUUUAUUGAAAUCUUAAAAAGAACCCAGACACUUUAGAAUUGGUAAUGCCAUGGGAAAGUUGAUUCCCUUGUUUUUCCUUUAGCUAUGAAAUCUGGUAUUAUAUUAUAAAGAAAUAAAAAAAUAUAGACUAUAA